AUGACUUCGAAUAAAGUGAUGGUGGAACUUGUAGACAUCAUAGAUGUCGAAGUGAUAGACAUUGCGGACGAUGAUGUCGAAGUGAUAGACAUUGCGGACGAUGAUGUCGAAGUGAUAGACAUUGCGGACGAUGAUGAUGUCGAAAUGAUAGACAUUGCAGACGAUGAAAACGAAGUGAUAGAUAUUGUGGAUGGUGCAAAGAAUGUGAUAAACAUUGCGGAUAAUUAUCCGGAAAACUUUAAUGUUGUGGACAAUAUACAACAAAUGGACAAUGCCCAGAUAAUAGACGUUGUGAAUGACAUUAAUUUUGAGGAUAUAAUGGAUAAAGAGAGCGUAGCAUCGGAAGAUAGUAACUACAUUAGUGAUGAUUGCAGCGAGGACAGCGAGGAUUAUAUCGAUGUCGUUGAGAAACAUUUGACACCUGCGGAAGUGCGUGCCAUAACCGCAAGAUCGAAACAUUGCGGUAUAUACUUUUAUUACACCACGGGUGGUACAUAUUCAGUAUGUGCUGAAUGCAUUAUGCGAAUAGCGGACACCGAUUUCGGAAUAAUGCACGCUUUUAGUAAACAUAUUACUAAUGCGUUCGGUAGGCUGGAUGGAAAAUAUUGCUCAAAUUGUAGACAGUCCAUGUUUGUAAUGAUUCCCAGUAACUUGUGUCCGGUUUGCACAGUGUAA